UCGACUUGGUAUUUCCCCGAGAAUCGUUUAGUCUUUCUUUCGCAGCCGUACGCAGAAGGAAGAAUUAACAAUGGCGGACGCUGCUCCAGCCGCGCGUGGUGGAAGAUUCCGUGGAGGAUUCGGCUCUCGUGGUGGAGACCGUGGUGGUCCAAGAGGUAGAGGCCGUGGAGGCAGAGGAAGGGGUCGUGGACGCGGCAAGGAAGACAGUAAAGAAUGGAUUCCAGUGACCAAACUGGGUCGUCUGGUUAGAGAUGGAAAAAUAGAAUCUUUGGAGCACAUCUAUCUCUUCUCUUUGCCCAUCAAGGAGUAUGAGAUCAUUGACAGAUUCUUGGGAGUUGAAUUGAAGGAUGAAGUUUUGAAGAUCAUGCCUGUACAAAAGCAGACUAGGGCUGGACAACGUACACGUUUCAAGGCCUUCGUAGCCAUCGGUGACUACAAAGGUCACAUUGGUUUGGGUGUAAAAUGCUCGAAAGAAGUAGCCACUGCCAUCCGUGGUGCUAUCAUCUUGGCCAAACUUUCGGUUGUGCCGGUACGUCGUGGUUACUGGGGUAACAAGAUCGGUGAUCCACACACUGUACCUUGCAAGGUUACUGGCAAGUGUGGGUCGGUCCAGGUGCGCUUGAUCCCUGCACCAAGAGGUACAGGCAUUGUGUCUGCUCCUGUACCGAAGAAGCUGCUCCAGAUGGCCGGUAUCGAGGACUGUUACACGUCCGCGAGAGGAUCAACGUGCACUCUUGGUAAUUUCGCGAAGGCUACCUAUGCAGCGAUCGCGAAGACAUACGCGUACCUGACACCUGACCUCUGGCACAACCAAGCACUGCGAAAGGCGCCUUAUCAGGAAUUCGCAGAUUUUCUGUUCAAGAACCACAGAGUCGUGGGAGGACAAAGACCUGCUGAGGUUGUUUAAACAUUCUAAUAAACCUCCAUGCGAGACUACCUAAUAA